CCUGGCUUUGAAAUCUUCAAAAACCCCAAAACCCAGAAAUACGCAUCUCAUGGCUGACUUUUCGAGACUGAGUGCCGAGGACCGUGAUGUUGUUCGGCACUGGACAGAAUACGGACAGCGAGGGGCAACGCCAAAUCGACGCAUCCUGCCUUCUGACUGGCCUAGCAUCAAACCAUUUGUCGCACCCAAGACAUCAGAAUGGUCAAUUCCGAUUGCCGCACACCAGCUCCCGCUUCUUAUUGCAGGAUUCUUGCCAUCUGAGUCGGACACAGCAUCCAUACAAAAGAUGAUCGAAGCAGGUCUUUUUGAAGUUGGCGAUUACAUUCAGACCCACGCGUACAUGUCAACCUCACAAAACAACCUCAAUCAUGUUUCAGAAGAUAAAUGGUUCAUCUACACAGACGGGCCAGAUGCCGACGGCAAAAUUGAUGUGCACAUGCACCGAAGCUGGACUGGCCUAAAAUCCUUGCAACUUUCCAUCCAAGCAGACCGACUUCACUCAGAAGGCUGUCAUAGUAGCACUGGCCUCGCUAGGAUCACUGGCAUAACAUGGGAGCCGAAUGCAAGCAUGAGUGAAGAAGAAGACGAGGAAGACGCGAAAGAUAUAGCUUUAGGAGUGUGCGAAUGGGUAUUGAAUGUUGAUUUGGAGGAAACGCAACAGACAGUCCGACGGACCCCAGAAGAACUGUCGAUCAUGUUUGGAAGAGCUAUAGAGUUGAUUUCGCCGAGCGGUCCUCAGACAUUGAACCGCACUGGAUAUAACCCCUGGAAUAGUGCUCGCGCCUACGCAUGAAGUUGAUUCAAGUUUAUGUUUCCUCGGAUCAGUCUUGGUAUCAAUUAGAUGUCCUGAAGUCGUAGCAUAUAUGCCACUUGUGACCUUAUGUUAGUCUCCCAACAGUGUUUAUAUAUGAGAUGAAUUCACAACUAGGAUUCGCCGGUGUAAGCAUGCUGAAAGAU